CGGCCGCGCUGGUAGUGUCGUCGUGCGCCGGUUUCCAUCAACACUGCAUAACCAGCGGUUAGCGUGUUUCGGUGUGUAUGACGUGUCUGUGUGUGUAUAUGUGUGUGUGUGUGCGAGAAAGCGAACAACAACAACAACACCACCAGCAGGCCGGUCCGCCGUUACCUUGUGGCGUGUUCAGUUCAGCCAGUCACUAGUCAGUCAGUCGAGAGUCGCGUUCGAGACCGUUUCGUUGCCGACCCAAAACGUUCGUCGCGUUCGCAUUUGCAUGCCUUGUGGUGUGUAGUACAGCAACAGAAGACGAAUUAUAUAAUAAGACUUGGCGCAACCGUUAUUGCUGUGCUCCUGUAGUGUACCGUCGGAAUCGUGUGUCUUGUGUAGCCGAGAACCGUGUGCGACCGUAACAACGCUCCCGGGAUCGAAUGAAAUAAUAAUAAUAAUAAUAAUAUUUGUACCGUCGGUCGUUCAAAAGUAUUACCACGUCGUCCUACACGUCCCGGUUUUUGUAAAUUAUUCGUUAUUUAUUUAGUAUUUCUAUAUAAUUAUCUUUCGCCCUGUAUUAAUACCGAGUGAAAACCCGCUGAUAAUUCGGGAGAAAAAAAAAAAGAAGAAAGAAACGAGUCGAUAAAAGAUAUUAUAUUUAUAGUCAUAUUGUUAUACGGGCGAAGAAGCGUAAUAUUGUACAACCAAUUAAUUUUUGAUAUUACGUUCGUCGACAGAUAAUUAUUAAGUGCUGUGAUAUUGUUUUUUUUUUAAGUUUAAAUUAAAUAUUUAUUCGUUAUUAAAUUAUUUCGUGAUUGCGCCGUUUAUUAACGAACGUGUACACGUCGUGUUCCACUAUUCACUCCCAUAAGUAUUAUCCACUGAUUUUCUCGCGCAACGCCGUCAUCAACCACAAUGGUCGAGAGUACUAUUGAAGAAGAAACCCCCGGACAAACCGAGAGCACCCAAAAUGUCCCUGUUGAAAGAAAGAAUGAAUCGCUGUCGUUGAGAAAAGAAGAGGCACGCAACAAGCGUAAGAAGAAGAAGAUCACUAACAGCCUUGUGACAUCUUGUUUCCAAGAUGCAUAUAAAUUGACUGGUGAAGUGUUGGGUCAAGGUGCUUAUGCUUCUGUUCAAACGUGUGUAAGUGUGUUAACUGGCUUAGAAUUUGCUGUUAAAGUCAUUGACAAAAUUGCCGAACAUGCUCGAGCUCGUGUAUUCCGGGAAGUUGAAACAUUUUACCAUUGCCAAGGCCACCCAAAUAUCAUUCAAAUGCUUGAAUUCUUUGAAGCUGAUGACAAAUUUUACAUGGUGUUUGAAAAGGUUGUAGGUGGACAACUGCUUGAUAGAAUACAACAACGAAAGAGAUUUACAGAAUGUGAAGCUAGUCUUAUUGUCAAAGAUUUGGCAAGUGCAUUAAAUUUCUUACAUCAAAAAGGCAUAGCUCAUCGUGAUUUGAAACCUGAAAAUAUCCUUUGUGUCGAUCCAGUUGCAUUAACUCCUGUUAAGUUAUGUGAUUUUGAUCUUGGAUCCGGUAUCAAGUUAAAUCCAGUUGAUGGCAGUGCAACACCACAAUUAUUAACUCCAGUAGGAAGUGCUGAUUUCAUGGCUCCUGAAGUGGUAGAUGCAUUUGUUGGUAGUCCAGACUCUAAUUACCAUUAUUAUGAUAAGCGUUGUGACUUGUGGUCACUUGGAGUAGUGGCGUACAUACUUCUUUGUGGCUAUCCGCCAUUUUAUGGAAAUUGUGGCUCCAAUUGUGGAUGGGAAUCAGGAAAUGCUUGCCCAGAAUGUCAAGGUUUGCUUUUUAUCAGCAUUCACGAGGGUCGUUACGAAUUUCCAGACCGUGAGUGGGCAGACAUUUCAAAUGAAGCCAAAGAUUUGAUCAGUAAAUUGCUGGUUAAAGAAGCUAGCGCUCGUCCAAGUGCUGCUGAAGUCUUAAAUCAUCCAUGGGUGUUUAGACAACAACAAGAAAAACCCAAAGAUCAUGAACUGAAUACACCAUGUGUUAUUAGACGUAACAAUAGUGCUCGUGCCCUAUCUACAUUUGCAGAGUCUGCUAUGUCGGCUAAUCGAGUGUUCCUGCAGCAUUUCAGUUUGUUUUCAUCAACUGAUGUACCUCUUGCUGCUGCUAAAAGACUUUCACCGCCAUCGCAUUCCAUGAUUGUUCAGCGUAGGUCACUUGGAAAACCACAAUGUUCCAAUGAAACUUCUGGUAACCGAGCUCCUGCUCAAUUACCAAUCAUUGCAUCUCCUAGCGGCUAGAGUUUAACAGGCCUCCUCCAUUUAUUACCUCCUCUUUUUUAUACUAAUUAAAGUUAUUAGAAAACAAAAAUUUGGAAAUAAUUUAAAUACAAAAUAUAAAUUGACAA